AUGGAUGGCCUGCUCGAUGCUCUGCGCGAGGACGAGAAGAGUGUGCUGUCAGCGCUCGGCCGUGGCAACGUGGCCGCGCUGGUGCAGCUGCUCACGGCGGCGGUACCCAAGGUUAGGGAGAAGGCGGCCACUGUUUUGUGCCUCCUCGCCGAGUCUGGCAGCUGCGAGGGGUUACUCAUGUCAGAAGGCGCUCUGCCGCCGUUCAUCCGGCUGGCUGAGUCUGGCAGCCUUGUUGGGCGGGAGAAGGCUGUCAUCACGCUCCAGCGGCCCUCCAUGUCGGCCGACAUUGCCCGUGCAAUCGUCGGCCCCAGCGGCGUCCGCGCUCUCAUCGACAUGUGCCAGACCGGGGACUCAAUCACACAGUCUGCCGCGGCAGGAGCGCUCAAGAACAUCUCUGUAGUGCCGGAGGUCCGGCAAGCGCUGGCCGAGGAAGGCGUCGUGCGAGUCAUGAUCAACCUGCUCGACUCCGGCGUCGUUCUCGGCUCCAAGGAGUAUGCCGCGGAGUGCCUGCAGAACCUUACGUCAAGCAACGACAGCCUACGGCGUGCCGUCGUGUCCAAGGGCGGCCUCCGGAGCCUGCUCGCCUACCUCGACGACAGCCUAGUGUCGCUUUGCGUGCUCCCGCGCCUCGUCCACGUGCUCCGUGACGGUUCCGUGGGUGCUCAGCAGGCUGCCACGGCGACCAUCUGCAAGAUCUGCAGCAGCAUGGACAUGAAGCGGCUGGUGGGCGAGCACGGGUGCAUCCCGCUCCUGGUGCGCCUGCUGGAGGCCAAGUCGAACGGCGCGCGCAAGGCACGCCGAGGACGCUGUCGCCGUUGCCCACAAGCUGUUUGA